AUGCAUAGCCAUCGAAUAUUACUUUCAUCUUAUAUUGGUAGAAAAUUUUAUACAAUAACUUCUACUCUUCGAUAUUCUUCAUCGUCAAAUACAACGGUUAAUAUUAGCCAUGUUGAUGAUACACCAUCAGUUCGUCUAAUUGGAAUAAAUCGUCCAACGAAACGAAAUUGUGUUAACCAUUCAACAGCACUUCAACUUUUAUCAGCUUUUAAAAAUUUUGAAAAUGAUGAUACAGCUCGUAUAGCUAUUUUAUAUGGUGAAGGUGGUUCUGCAUUUUGUGCUGGUUAUGAUUUAAGCGAAGUUGCAUCAUCAAAAAUUUCUGUACCCAUGGAUUAUAAUAAAAAUGAACCUGGACCUAUGGGACCAAGUCGUAUGAGCUUGAAAAAACCAUUAAUAGCUGCUAUUGCUGGACCAUGUGUUGCUGGUGGUCUAGAAUUAUCUCUUCUAGCAGAUAUGCGUGUCGGUGAACAAUCAUCAAAAUAUGGUGUCUUAUGUCGUCGUUUUGGUGUUCCACUUAUUGAUGGUGGUACUGUUCGUUUACCACGUCUUAUUGGUCUUUCACGAGCACUUGAUUUAAUUUUAACUGGUCGAACAGUACAUGCACAAGAAGCAUUUAAUAUUGGAUUAAUUAAUCGUCUUGUACCUGAUGGUCAAUGUUUAUCUGAAGCUAUUCAACUUGCAAAAGAUAUACUUCGAUUUCCUUAUGAAUGUAUGAACACUGAUCGACUUUCAGCACAUUUUUCUGUUUCAAAUACAGUUGAUGAUAGUCUUGAACAUGAAUAUCUAUAUGGAAGACAAUUAAUUGAACGUGAAUCAAUUCCAGGUGCAAAACAUUUUAUUGAACAGAAACAAGGACGAGGAGGAAAAUAUGAUGAUGUUAAAUGA